AUGGAAAGCGUCAAGUUAAACACUGGAGCCGAGCUGCCGCUUCUUGGCCUCGGAACGUGGCAGGUCGGUUAUUCCUAGCCUGUUCCAGGAUUCAACACACUUCCUGAACCGACAAAUCGAGCUGCUUCAAAUAAAAGGCUGGACGGAUUAAGUUCUGAGCUAUAUAAAGGAGACUAUAUAAAGGAAUCUUGUCUUAGAAUUUUUAUUUACAGGCCAAAGACGCAACGGAGCUGACGGUGGCUUUGCGAACUGCUCUCGACAACGGCUAUCGCUUGAUAGGUUUGCCAGAGCCGUUUCCCGUCAAACUUUCGGAUUAACAGACACGGCCUUCCUCUACCAGAACGAAUCUGUAAUUGGUCAAGUGCUCCACGAAUACAUUUCCAGCGGCAAGAUCAAGCGUGAGGAGCUUUUCAUUACUUCUAAGGUUCUUUUUCACGGCCGAGACUUCUUUGAUUCUAUACUUUCAGCUGACCUUCACGGCUCACGCCCCAGAAGACGUCGAGAAGUGCGUGGAACAGCAACUGUCAGCCCUUCAGCUCGACUACAUUGACCUCUACCUUAUCCACACUCCUUGUCCCUUCCAGGUUCGGCUCCAUGUGAAACUGAAUGUAGAAAACUACGGAGUAAUGAUUAUAGCGCCAAGAGGGAAGCUUCCUACCGGAAAUUAAAGACGGACAGUUUGUCCCAGUGCUGAUCCCUCAUAUCGAAACUUGGAAAGCUCUCGAAAAGCUUUUCCAUGCCGGAAAACUACGGGUUUGUAGUUGAUUUCUCUAAACGCAUACGUAAUAAACCCAUAAGUUCUAUCUGGACUCGAACUUGCGCAAAAAAUGAUUCGAAGCGUUUUCAGGCCCUCGGUGUCUCCAACUUCAACGGACGACAGUUACAAGAAUUAUACGACGCAGUUGAGGUGAAGCCAUCGAAUCAACAAGUGAUUUUGUACCCCGUCAGAAAGAGCUAACCAUUCGUUUUGAGGUUGAAUGCCAUAUUUACUGGCCUCAAAAGGAACUUCACGAUCUGUGCAAGAAGCUUAAUGUCUCGUUCACUGCUUAUGCUCCUCUCGGAUCUCCUGGAAGAAAGGUUUUUUUUUGUUUUGAUACUUCUAUAUAAUUACAAUAUAAUAUUUGAGCUAUUAUGGAGUCUUUAGAUGUAGUUUGUCACGCUGUUUGCCAAUCCUUGCUCGUAAGUUCCUUCGGAAGUCUGAGAAAGAAGUUUGAAUACAACUUAUCCUAUUGAACUUUUUCUUGGGAGAUGACCUUGAAUGUUAAUUGCUAAAAAAUAUUUAUCUUGGCUAAAAAACCUUUUUGCAAGAAAAUAGUUUGUUUCCUUGAAUGCUUGUGUGAUCUCCACCUAUAAUCAAAAAAGAAGAUCAAUCGGUGAGAUUGAAUAUUAAAAUAUGUUUAAUUUGGAGCGGCUGUGAUUCUUCUCAAAUACCUCAUCAACAGCUUUUAAAACCAUCAUUCAUUACGGGACUCUAGUCUCAUAUAGAAAAUUAGUCGGAAAAAGAUGGUCGAAAACUGAAGAGCUUGAAGAUUUGAAAACUAUUUCAAAGUUGACAAAGAGAAAAGAGGAAUGGUUUCUAGGCAGCCCGACCUGAUGGAGUCUGGCCGGAAGGAGACCCUCUAGUAGACCCAGUUGUCGUUUCACUCGCCUCUCAUUACCACAAGACGCCGGCUCAGAUCUUGCUACGGCAUCUCAUUCAACGAGGAAUUUCAGUCAUUCCGAAGAGCGUCAAUCCAGACAGGUAGGUUUCCGUGUGAACACAGCGACUUGCGCCGUUCAGAGUCAUCGAGAACAUCUCCGUCUUCGACUUCAAACUGACAGAUGAAGACAUUCACAAGCUCGACGCCGUCGAAACUCGUGUACGACUUUUCGUCGCCGACUUGUGAGCUUGUUCUUUCUGUUAUAUGUUAUAGCCAUCUUUUUAGUCUUUCAAAACAUCCCUACUUCCCUCACGACGACUUGAGCUCUUCUUCGAUCAAGCCCAAACCGACCAUUCAUUGA